CGGAAGUUGAAUCUGUACUGGUAAGGUCAAGGUUGCAACUGCAAACAAUAUAAUAUACGGAAGAGAAGAUGUAAAAACCUCAGUAGUAUAGCUGUUGAAAAACAUUCCAAGCCAAGCCAAGUAGAAAGUACUUUAUAGCUGUUGAGGAUGAUGAUCAAAAUCACCCUGCGUCUUGUGAAAGCCACACAAGAGGGGGUGGUUCUUGCUCAGAGGGCUGUUCGUGCUUACACAAGAUAUGCCUUUUUCUCGUUCCGAGACCGCAAGGGGAGACAAACAGACUCCAACAAGUCUGUCCUUGAUGGUCCCAGACACGGUCUUAUGUACAACAACGUGGAGGACUUUGUCUUAUCUCAGUGGAGUGACAAUCCAGUGCCUUAUGCAAUCUACAGGACCAUAGUUGCCCUUUAUUUCUUCCUGAUGGUUUGGUACACUGCAAUUUAUGGAACAAUUGGGACAAAGAUGGUAAUCAUGCUCACAUACUGGUCCUUCUACAUUCUGGUGGCUUGUCAGAUUGUCCGGGCAGCCAACUGCUGGCAUUACAUCGGGCUCAAGAGAAGGGGAGAAGAUGUGCAUGCGAGGUUGAGAAACAAGCGGAGAAUCAAGGUACAAUGGCUGCUUCACAACCUGUCCAGCGACGCUGCACCCCUUGUGUCCGUCCUCUUCUGGACUAUAGCAUAUGAUGGAAGUGGAGUAACAUUAAUCAACUGCACCACACAUGGAAUCAAUGCGAUAUUUGUCGUUGUUGACACGCUCAUAUCACGUACGCCAAUGCGCAUGCUGCACCUCUACCAGUGUGCCAGUCUUGGAGUGGUUUAUGCAGGGUUUAGCUACGUGUACCACCUGUGUGGUGGCACAAACCACAAGGGGGAACCCUACAUCUACAAGCCACUGGAUUACGCCAACAACUUCCGUACGGCCGUCUCCACUCUGCUUGUGUCCAUAGUUCUUGUUGCUCCACUUAUUCAUUGCUGGAUCUUUUUCCUCUACCGGUUCAGACUAUUUAUACAUAGAUACCUCAGAGCAGUGGAAAAAAGAGCUGAUCACCAAGUGCUUGUUAAGUCUGAAAAAGUAAUGUAAGCUUGUCCAGUAUUAAAAAAUACCAGUAAUGUGUUGUCAGCUGUUGGUGUAAUUACUGUGUUUUCUUUCGAUUUUUGAAGAAAAUGAAAUUUCAAUAUUUACUUGUGUGUGCUAACUUCUUUUAUUUUCUCAAUAAUAGUUCAUCGAAUUUCAUACAUAGGAAACUAUUAAAUCAUUGUGUGAACAAAAUAUUUUGAUUUGAAGGGACAAUUAUUUUUACAUCAGAUUCUGCAUGUUUUUUCGUGAAGUACUUUUCUGCAUACUAUACUCACCAAUGUGAAAUCUCAUAGCUCUGACUAACAGACAGUUAAUAAGUGGGAAAUUCUCCUAAUAAUGAUUGUUUUAAAGGGCACUGGGAAUAUAGGAUUAAAAGGGAGAUCAAUGACAUUUUUUUAGCAAAAAACCUGAAAUAUUUGUGUGUCUGAAAGUUUUGAUAUAUUAAACUCUUUUGGAAAUUACAUGUACAUGUAUAAGGAACUUAAGGUACUUUAUGUUUUUGUUUUUUUUCAUUUUCAAAAGAUCUGAAGAAAUGCACAUUUGAUGAUUAUACAAAAAACAACAACACUCUAGUCAGGAAUUGCAUUGAACAUGGAUCUUUUUCUCACUGUCUAAUUUAUUUUGAUGUUGUAUGGCGCCUAUUGUUCUACAAAUGUGACAUGAUCUGUUAAUUUGCUCUGCAUUCAGUGUGAAUACUCAAUAGUGUUUAAGUUGGUUUUUAUAAACAUUAGUAUUACUCUUAUGCAUGUUACUUUCAAUGAAAGUUCAAUAAAAUGAUAUACCUUGA